CAAGGAUGGCGCGGCAGGAGGCAUUGAUCAAGGAGACUAUUCGGGCCAUGAAGCUCGCGAUGAAGCGGAGGCCGAGCAACGACAGCGGCAGCGAUACGGAAAUCCAGCACCACACCAACCGCGGCAAUAAGCUGAAACGAGGGGCAUCUGCUGUCCAGCAAGACUCCUUAGACGAUACAGGAGGUCUCUCAUACAGGAGACAGGUCAACCACGCGGGCUACUCGCGCUACACCAUUUCUACCAAGCCACCGCUGCUGGACGAUGACGGCGAUGUCUACUCGCCUACCGCAUCCGACCAUGAAGCGGAACGCUAUGGCGAACCUGCUCGCAACGACCCUUUCGCAGAAGUGCAGCUGCACCAAUUGUUGCGACCUUUGACGACGCCUGCCGAGCUCGAAAACCACCCCAGUCUGAGCAUUCCGUACAAGAGCAAGGCACUCACACAGAUGGCCGAGGAGUCGCUGGACAUGCUACGACGAGAGCUUGCCAGUCUGUGGAAAGCCAAGCGAUUGCUACAGCGACUGAGGGGGGAUUCGGACUGGGUGAAUUGCGAAACCUUUGAGACAGACUACGACCGCUCGCUCCUUCCCGAUUCCGAUCAAGCCAGCGUCGGCGACCAGAGCGCGGUGCCGAGCAUUAUUACUGACCAGCCCAUGCUAGAGCUAGGACCCCCGCCAAUUCAUCCGCUGGAGAAUGGCACCAGCGAGAGUGAAGGUGCCCUGGAUCCCCAGAAGCAAGCACCUCUCGAGCACCAGGAGCAGGAGCAGGGCGAGGCAAUGGAAGGCGUGGAAACCAACGAUAUGGCUGGGGAGGGAGAGGCAGUAGCGGUCUCAGGUCAAGAGCCCACCGACGACAAUGGUAUUGCGAAUGAGCGAGAAACUCAUGCAGAUGUCCCCAAGGGCGAGGGCGAUGGCGAGGGCGAAGGAGGUGAUCCACCAGUACCCACCGAGGGAGCUCCUGAUCGCUCUGCAGGAGAGAAUGGAGAUUUCGCACAGGCGCCCAACCCCGCCGUUACAGAUCUCGCAGAACGAGAAGCGAACUCCGAAACGGCAUCUCAAUCGAACGGCGGCAGCACACACGCGAUGAUGACAAGAAGAAGGGCGCGCUCACCAGCCGAACGAAGCAAUCGCACACCGUCCCCGUCACCCAGCGACUCCGCCUCCGUUCCCGCGGUGCAUCCCUGGUUCGUUCCUCCGUCCUCAGCUCUCGCCGAUCGCGACAUUGGACUCCCCGCGCAUGAAGCAGAGGAGACUCGCAAGCUGUUGUUUCAAUACGUUCAGAAGCAAGAGCAGAUCGUGCGCUCACUCGAAUCAUUGCAUGCGGGAUUACAGAAAGCGGACAGACUUCGCCAUGACGUGUAUCGCGGUUGCAAGGCGGAGGGGCAUCUUGUGCCGGAUGGCAAAGGCAAUAUGGUGACAGAGAUGAGUGAUGGGGAAGAUUGGUACGAUGUGGCAGACUGGGGAAUGCAACCGUGGGAGGUCUUGGAGAAAGGAAAGGACGAGGUGGAGGAUGUGGAAGAGGAAAGAGGCAGAAGACCAGGUCGUGGCAGGAGAGUGAACAGGAUGUGA